GCUCCGAGUACUCAGUGUGGUUGAGUUCACGCGCCUCCUGGAAACAGCCAAUGGAUGUGACUCGUUAUCUUCCAGUUUAGAUCAGAAACCAGACACCUUACCGAGUUUCUUCUCCGCAGAAUCUGCAGGUUCUUCUCAGUAGUGCGCUGACGUCUCUGCGAGCUGUCUCUCCAAACCUCCCAGCCGGACAGAGAUGAGUAGUCCCGAUGCGGGUUACGCCAGCGACGAUCAGACCCAGGCAAGGUGUACGAUGUCAGUCAUGAUGCCUGGAAUGGGACACUGCCAGUGGGCCGACCCUCUUAGUCCUCUCGGGGACACUAAAGUGAAAAACGAACCGUGCGCCUCCGGGAGCUCCGCGAGCCAGAACCGAGGGAAGAACGAGCCGCGGAUCAGACGGCCCAUGAACGCGUUUAUGGUGUGGGCGAAGGAUGAGCGCAAGAGGCUGGCGCAGCAAAAUCCGGACCUGCACAACGCGGAGCUCAGCAAAAUGCUUGGUAAGUGAUCAAAUCAUUCAAAAUAUAACUCCACACGCAGAAUAGAGAGGUUUGGAACAGAGAUUGACGAGUAAUUCUCAUUUUACUGAAUUUUACGCACCUUCUUCUGUCCCUCCAUGGUUUUAUUUUGUUAGAAAAGCUUUUUACGCAUCUGUUUACGGAUCAUUUAGGCAGCAGGUGUUGUCGCAAUGAGUCAAAAAGUUUCUACGUCCCAACUUGGCUGCACAUGUAUCCUCAAAAAACCCAUCCCUGUCCCCUAAAAUGGCAACAAUCUAUUUUUAUAAGCAUGUCCAGGCUGUGUUCACAAUCUGCUGACCUAUCAUUCAUGUUCAUUCUGCUCUUGACCUGCAGGGAAAUCAUGGAAAGCCCUUCCUGUCACAGAGAAGCAGCCCUUUGUAGAGGAGGCCGAGCGGCUGCGCGUCCAGCACAUGCAGGACCACCCCAACUACAAGUACCGUCCCCGGCGGAGGAAGCAGGUGAAGAGGAUUAAGCGGCUGGACUCGGGGUUUCUGGUCCACGGUGUGUCCGAGCACCAGGCCCCAACGAUGGAGAGCAUGAGCCUGGGUUACCACGAACACUUCCAGCUUCCUCCGCAGCCACUUGGCCACUAUAGAGACACUCAGGCUCUCGGGGGUCCCUCGUAUGAGAACUACAGCCUCCCCACUCCUGAUACCUCCCCUCUGGACGCGGUGGAGUCCGACUCCAUGUUCUUCCCUCCGCACUCCCAGGAGGAGUGCCACAUGAUGCCUGCGUACGCGUACCACUCUCAGGCUGCAGAGUACCAGCCUCAGGACCCUGUCACCAGCCAUCACGCCACCCUGCAUCGCCACCCCGCCUCCACCGCAGAGCCCGCCACCCUCCCUCCUUCUUACAUGGGACACCCGAACCCUCUUGCCAUGUACUACACCCAACACUGCAGCCCCAGCCACCCUAAGAGACACCCUGGUGGGGCAGGACAGCUCUCCCCUCCCCCUGACUCCCACCCUCACCCUGCAGAUGGCGUGGAGCACAUGCACCACUCUGAGCUGCUGGGUGAGGUGGACCGCAGCGAGUUCGAGCAGUAUUUGAGCUCCUCCUCGGCACGGGCGGACAUGACAGGCCUGCAGUACGGGCCGCACGAGGCCGGCAUGCAGGGACCCGAGAGCCUGAUAUCAUCGGUGCUGUCGGACGCCAGCACAGCUGUGUAUUACUGCAGCUACAACAACUCCUAACCUCCCGCUCGCUCUGCUGCAUGGACACAGAAUCUGACCUCAAAUCUCUGUAGCUAAAUCUCAACAAAAUGUGUUUAUUUUUGUAAUUUUUCUCCACUGAUAGAGCAGAAGGCAUGAGAUUUUAAAAAAUGAAGACUUUUGUACUGUAAGUGCCCGAGACGAUCGUCGAACAUUUGGAAAUGAACACUGGGUUUCACUUUUUUCAUCCUCUCUUGCAGGGAUUUAUGUCAUUUUGUGAUAAUAAAUAUUGUAAAGCCACUAUUUUAGAGAUUAUGUAAAUACUGAAGGUGUUUUUUUUAUACUUUUUGCACUUUUCAGAAAUAAAUUGUUGCAAAUUCUCAUCCCGGCUUGUAUUUAUUGUUGCACAAUUUUUAACUCGAGUUUUCAUUUUGAUGUUAAGCUUCAGAAUUUCACUUGAGGUUGUUUUUACUCUCUUAAAUAAAAGUUCUGUCACCUCAGCAUUAAAGCAUAAUUUUAUAACGCAAGAAAAA